AUGGCAACUAAGAUGGUCAUCCAGCAACCCAAGCCGCUUGUUGUGGCUCCAGGUUCAGACCAGUGGAGCACCAGCAUCUGCGAGUGUGACACCGUCAACGACUGUUGCUUUGCACUGUGGUGCUUCCCCUGCUUCGCCUGCAUUACGGCCCGGGACCACGGUGAGUGUCUGUGUCUCCCCCUGCUAGAUGCUUUCGGCCUCAUCCCCCCAAUCACCAUGUCCAUGCGGGUGUCCGUCAGACGCACCUACGGCAUUGAGGACUCCCUGUGCAACGACUGUGUGUAUGCCUGCUGCUGCGGCCCGUGUUCCUGGUGUCAGAUCCGCCGCGAGCUGAAGGCGCGCCACCAUCCUGUCACUCUGUUCCACAACCGAGCCAAAUGA